CCGACGCCCAGCCGCCGCAGUUUGCUGCCACGUGACACUCGCCACAGGACAUGUAACACGUGAGCAAGUACAGUGAAAGUUAUGAGGAAAAGCCAGUGAAAACGGGAAGUAAAAUCAACUACAAAAAGUCAUUAGCCGCUGGAAACGAUGCGAAAGGUGUCCACGGGGCUGUUGCUUCUGGGCAGCUGCCUGCGACUGUCGCUGCUGCUGUCGCCCGCCGAUGCACAGGCGGCGCAUCUAACGAAGCGCAGCUACUCGGACCAGAGCGUCCACGGGUACAUGACAGAGCGCACCUGCUGGUGGAAUGAGGUGUGCAAGGAGGAGUUCCAGAGUCUGUUUCGGUGCAAGUGUCCACAGUACUCCUACUGCCGCUCCCCGGGUCGCUAUUACAAUGCGUAUUGCUCGAUGACGGAUACGGGCUAUAUUUGGACGCAGCCCAACUGGGAUUGGGGGUCGUAGAGCUGCACGGAUUACGGCAACCCUACACCUGCGCCCACUGCCCAAGUUAACCACCCGCUGUGACGUCAGCGACACUGACUGCAGAGUGUAUGCUGCCAGCCAGCACUCCAAAAUCGAUGCUCCCAGCUGCAAUCGAAACGAAUUUUGUCUAUCGAACUGUUGUCGAUAGGCACACGCACCAUACAUAAUCGAAACGAAUAAAGCUUUACUUUUGGCCUUCACUGUACGCACAUUGGAAAAUCAAUAAACGCUUUCCAAUCUCCAA